AUGAGACCACGACUAGUGGGCCAGCGGAUACGGCUACGCUACUUGGCAGUCGCCCUCGUGGUGAUGGCCCUCGUGGUGUGGGCGCUGGUGUCUUCGCUGGCGGCGGAGGGGGCGUCGGCGCUGCUGGUGGUGAUAUCUCACGACCAAGGGCUGUGGUGGCCAAAAGUCAAAUUUGGCGCCAAGGACACGACACUGUUCAAAGAUAAGCAGCAGCAGUACGAGCUGGAGGAGCAGCGCCGCUUGUUUGAGCUCAUAGGUAAGACGCUGACCCCGUCAAAGGGGCAGACCAAGUUCUUGACCGCGGUGUUUGACUUGCUCGCCGCCGCCAAACCCCGGGCGCUGAAGCUCGACCACUACCCAAGCAAGGAGCGGAUAUACCACGCCCGUUUCGACCUGACCGACGACCACCAGGAGACGUUCGACGAGAACUACUUGCUGCGGUUCUUACAACUUGACCUGGCCCAACUCACCAAGAUGAAGCAGAGCCACCUGAUGGUAGUCGACAAGCUUCCCGAGACGGCUCCCUCGGGUUUAUAUAACGGCGACGGCAUCGUCUACGUGGGUGGCGGCAAAUUCAACUGGUUGACGCUUUUGCUGAUCAAAGCGCUCCGCGACCUAGGGUGCCAAAUCCCCGUGGAAGUCCUUAUCCCCAAGACCGAGGAGUUUGAGAGCGAGCUCUGCGGCACGAUAUUGCCCCGCUACGACGCCCGGUGCAUCCACAUGCCGCUGAUGCUCCCGGCAACCGCUCGCGAGCAGUUCAAAUUCAAAGGCUACCAGUACAAAGUGCUUGCGAUUUUGCUUCUGCGAUUUGAAAACGUGUUGCUUUUGGAUCUGGACAACUUCGCCGUGCGUGAUCCCAGCCACUUGUUCACGGAAGAGCCGUUCACGCUGAAGGGGCUCAUUGUGUGGCCCGAUUUCUGGAAACGGGCGACGCUGCCGGCCUACUACAAGAUCGCGGGGGUCGAGCCCCUGGUGGAGGAGAUCUACCCGAAGUACAACGAGCUUCUGGGUAAGUACGAGUACCAAGCGGUGCCGGAAGGGGUCGACAUGCUCUCCGACUUCCCCCUCCACGAGCGCAAAUACGCCAUCCCCGACCCGACGCUGGAGCUGGGCCAGUUGAUGAUCCUGAAGAAGAGCCACAUCAAGCCGUUGUUGUUGGCGUUAUACUACAAUCUUUACGGGCCCGAAUACUACUACCCGUUGUUCUCGCAAGGGCUGGACGGCGAGGGCGACAAAGAGACGUUUUUAGCGGCGACGGUGGUCACCCGCAAGCCGUUCUACCAAGUGGGCAAGUUCCUCGACGCGUUGGGCUUCUUAGACGAUGGCAAUUUCGUCGGCACCGGCAUGGGCCAGCACGACCCGGUGCUGGACUACCAGUACCAGCGGGCGCAGCUGGACCACCAGGCAGAAAUGAUGUUUGUCCACGCCAACUUCCCCAAGCUCGACCCGUACAUGUUGCGGAAAGAACGCAAGUACUUUGAUCUGAACGGCCAGCGCGUCCGGCUCUACGGCACGGGGAUGAAAGUGCGGGCCGGGUACGACUUCGAGCUCGUACAGUGGAACAACAUGUACCAGUUCCUCUGCGAGGACAAAGUCAAGCUCCAGCACUACGAGUUUGUCGAGCGAGAUAAGUUGUGCAAGGAGAUCGGCCUCCACAUCCAAUUCCUCAAGGCGAGUGCACAUAAUCUCGAGUGA